UGUUUUUGCGUGUUGUGUCUAUAAAUGCUGAAUGUAUUCAACAGCAUUAUCACAAAUAUUCAAAAAAUAACUAUUCACAAGGUUUUAAAAAAUUCACGAUGAAAUUUAAGGUACAUUUUACAGUUCUCUUAGGAGUGAGUUGGGCUCUUCUCUCAGCAGUGAUCCGAGCACAGAAUUGGGACAUGUUAGGUUUAGGAAACUUAGGAGGAGGAGGAGGCAACGCAGGAGCUAAAGCUGGCGUUGGAGCUAAUAUGGGUUUAGGCUUCAAUGCCGGAGCUGGAGUCAAUGGUCAAGCAGGAGCAGGUAACGGAAUGGCUGGACUUGGUGGUAAUGGUAAUGUAGGUGGCAACGUGGGUUUUGGAAUGAAUGCUGGUGCCGGAGUCAAUGGUCAAGGAGGAGCAAGAGGAGGUAAUGGAAUGGCUGGACUAGGUGGAAAUGGAAAUGUGGGCGGCAACGUGGGUUUUGGAAUGAAUGCUGGUGCUGGAGUCAAUGGUCAAGGAGGAGCAGGAGGAGGGAAUGGAAUGGCUGGACUUGGUGGUAAUGGUAAUGUAGGGGGCAACGUAGGGUUUGGAAUGAAUGCUGGUGCCGGAGUUAAUGGUCAAGCAGGAGCAGGAGGUAAUGGAAUGGCUGGACUUGGUGGUAAUGGUAAUGUAGGUGGCAACGUGGGUUUUGGAAUGAAUGCUGGUGCCGGAGUCAAUGGUCAAGCAGGAGCAGGAGGAGGUAAUGGAAUGGCUGGACUAGGUGGAAACGGAAAUGUAGGUGCAAACUUUGGUAUCGGAAUGAAUGCUGGAGCAGGUGUGGAUGGCAAUGUUGGAGGAAGUGCAUCAGGCAAUGCAAACGAUAUGAGUUCUAAUGACCCACAAACGCAGGAAAAGAAGCCCGAAGAUGCUGAAAGUGACGACGCCCCAGAACCACCUACUCAGAAUACGGAUAUCGAAAACGAGACAAAAGACGAAACAGAAACCAUAAAUCCUUAAAUAUGAAGCAUUUCUCCUUUACCAUAUUAUUAUUUAUUAUCACAUAGUAACUAAAAAAUGCAACACACCUAUUAUGGUUGUGGUUUAUUAUUCGUUUUAUUAUUCAUUCUUCAUAUUUUACUUGUACAUAUUUUUGUAGCUCAAUUGUUUUAUUUCAUUUAAAUUAGUUUUAUGUUU